AGACGAGAGUUGGUGCCGAGUGGAGCGCUGUUGUCGGUCCGAGUGGAACGGAAUGUGAACAGAAAUUUUGCUCAUUCUCACGAUACAGUUGUCGUUCUGUGCAGUGAUUACUAUCAAGAGAAAAUGUUUAUAAAGUUGAAACAUUUAGAUGUUAAAAACAAUCGUUUAAGUAAAGAGUUAAAAGUGCGUUGGAAGUGGCUGUUGUUUUAAGCACAUUUUUUUUUUUUUACUCACUUUGAUUGAUGCCUGUUUUCGGCAAAUUUCAGAUUUCCUCGCAAAGCCAAGCGAACACAGUAUGAUACCGGAUGAGUGCGGGGCCGGAGCCAUGGACGCAACCAGGGACCCGGAUGAGUGCAUAGAAGACAAGUCAAAGAAAACGGGAUGUGGGGACGAACGUCAAGAUAUUAACGAUAACCAUACUAAUGUGACGGCGUCGUCUCAGGACAGUGAUCAGGAUGGGGCUGCCGACACUUUGGCCAAUGGGGAAGUACAAACAAAAGACGCUGAAAACAGUGACCAGAAAAAAGACACCACCGGUAGCAGUAGCAGUGACUCUGUCCCUAAAGAGAGUGCCAGUGUUAGUAGUGUCGGGGAAAAGAAAGAGGGUAGGGAAAGCGAUAAUGAUGGCGAAAGCAAAGGGGAAGCGGAGGCACCCCCACCCCCGAUGGAUAUUGAGGCAGAGGCUAGCGAGGAUGAAGGGCGUGUGUCAAGUGAAGAUGACGAAGAUAAACUUGUUAUAAGCGAAGGUAAUGAGCGGGGAACUGAAGAAUCGGCCGACGAGAGCUCGAAAGGCGAAUCGUCAAUUACUGCACCUAAGAUCACCAGCAGAUCACCCACUCCUAAAACAAGUGAGAAGCGUCCAGCAGAAGAGGAUGCUGCCAUCGAGGUGCCCUCGAAAAGAUCAAGGACUCUGGAAGAUUCGCUGUCUCUGAACUCCUUAACCUCAAUUUCGCAAAUAGAAAGUUCCAUUGGCCAAGUCAGGAAAGACCUAGAGGCAAUGGAGUGUUUACUGAAACAAAAAGAAGAAGAAUGGAAUAAUCUUCUUAGCUUACAAAAACGCAAAGAGGAACUAUAUGUGCGCUUAGUUCGUAAGAGACAGGUUCUGUUGAUGAAAAGCACUCCAUCUGAAGUGGAUGUUAAAGGUGAUGAUGAAACCAGUGAAGAAGCUACUAGCAAUCUCUUCUUCAUGCCCCAGGGGGCUUAUUCUUCAUUUCGAAGUUCCCAGCUUCCACUAAUGAUGAUGAGUCAGAUGAUUGCAGCAGGAUCUAUCUCACCACAUACAUUACAGGCAGCAUCACAAGCUGCAUCCAGACCUGAGAAUAACCGUGGGGGCGCCAUAGGUAAUGGAAGCACAAAUAUUAGUAUAAUUGACAUCCAUACUCAAAAUAAUAAACCAGGCGGUGAGAUCCCCAGGGUCUCCAUGUCAUCUGAAGUGCAUAGCAAAGUUAGCAAACAGUUAACUUCAGGUUUGGCUUCUAUGAAGCCUAUAUUACCCAAGCCACCUUCAACAUCAAGCAACUUACCUGGCCUUCCUCCUUCAUUAUCUUUUACUGCCACAGGCCAUGGCCCUCAAGGUCCCACCGUUAAUGUCCAGCAACUAAUUGCUGCACAUCGAAAAGAAAAUCCUAAUACUCCACCAAUAAGUUUGAAAACUCCAUCUAGCAGAAGAGCAAUGAGAGGAGCUUGGCGACACCGUUAUGAUGGGGACAAGCGAUCAGUGCGAGACCAUGACCGGCCUCCAAGUGUUUCUAGCUCCAGUAGUGAAGCAGACACACGUACUACAGCUUCAAAUAAGAAUCCUCUGGCUCUCAGCGAUCCUUCUGUCUCAUAUAAAGAUGUCCUUUUACGGUUUGCAGAGCUGACACAAAAUGAAAAACAACCAGGCUCUCCACAGAUUUCAAUUUUCCCUGUUGGAGGUGGUGAGAGCAGUGCUAAGAGAUCUGAGAGCAGCCGAGAAUCAACACCUGCCAACAGGGAUCAGACGCCACCUCUGCCAUCCACCGUCCCUACCUCCUCAGCUCUCCCUACAUCUAAAAGUUCAUUAGAAGCUCCUUCUGCUUUAGCAAAGCUGCUGUUAGAGUCUCGAAAUAGUGCAUCUGGUGCUAACAAACCAGGUGUAGAAGUCUCCAACUCCCAGUACCUCACACUCUCUGCACUCUUAUCUGGUGGCUCUACAACCACUGUCAAAGAAAAGACAGCAGCCCAUUCGCAACCUGAAAGUCGAAGCAAGAAAUCUACCCACCAAGAAGAAGGCAGUGGCAACCCUAAAUGCCAAGGGUGCCAUAAGCAGCGAGCACAGUUUGUUUGCGCUGGUUGCGGUAACCAGUGGUACUGUUCUAGGGAUUGUCAGGUUGCAGCAUGGGAGGAGCACUCGGAGCACUGUAGCAAUUAAUUUGUGGUUAACAAUCGUCCAAUUAUCCCAGAUUGUACCUCCAGAUUUCUGCAGAGCGGGAUGCCAGAUGUUACAUUACUACAUAUUAAGUUCUAAUUGUACAAGGCUAUGUUGGAAAUAUUUGUUCCCUUGGAAGUUGUGGAGUCAUAUGUCAAUAUAUUUUUCCUGUAUGGAUAUAUUUUCUAUUGUAAUGUAGCAUAAGCAACAGUGAAUCCAUUUGUUACUUGAUGAGUGGGUUUAGCCCCCUUAAAAUAAUGUGUGAGAUACACACAAUUCUGUGAUAUCAAAGUGCAUUUUAUACAAGGAGAAGACUGACAUUGUUUUAUAUACAAAACCUUCAGGCUGUGCCAUUGUAAGUACUGUAGCAUGUAAUCUCCCAGCCUAAUUUUUUGAAAGCCAUUUGUAGCUUUAUAAAUAUUAGACAUCUAAAGCCCUCGAAAAUUACUUUUCCCUUGAAACCAUCUAUAGAGAAUUUGUGGUAAAUGCCAUGGCAGGUGUGACAUUCAAUCUCAAUCCUUCAUUAGGAGGUUGUUCAUUCCCAACUGUAUAGGGAGGUAUGAAGAACUGAUUUUAAACUUCACUGAAACUAAAACUGUAGUUACUAGAAAAGGCAUAAAAGGUUAUGACAUUACUGUGAUGUAAAAAAAUCAAAUUACGGUAGUAUGCCUUGAACCGCUUGUAGUGUAUUGUAUAUAAGUCUACUUUUUUAAUUUGAAUAUUUUACAAUGGCACCUGGGAUUGCCUUGACACAAGUUCUCUCAAAUCUGGAAUGUGUUUUAAAAAGUGGAUAAACAGUAACUUUUACAAUACAUUUCAUUUUAAGUUUCAAGAGAAUGUUAACUUUCUUACCUGAAAAAACUGUAUUAGAUUUUGAUAAUCCUCCAUGUUAGUCAACAUUUUAGGGUGAGGUGUAAAUUUAGUUAAGUCCAGCCCAGGAAAUAAUUUAAUAUUAAAAGACUAAUUUGUAGGUAUUAUGUCAAUAAAACAUAUUCAGAAGCACACUUGAAACACUUCCAGAUGCAAAUGAAAAGGCAUUUUGGUACGUUCUUGAAUUUCAUAUCAAUAAAUUUGUCUUUAAUUUUGUCCUCAAAAGUUAACUAAAUGUUUUAAAUAAAAGUUUGAUCCAUUUUUAAUAACAAAAAAUAAAAUUAAAAAAGUAGAGUAGCAGAAUUUUUUAGUGGUUAGAACAAUGCAUUAUCUAGUUAACUUAUAUAAAUAAGAUUUUGGAUUUAGCAACAAAUAAAAAACUCGUCAGUAAAAUCCCUCUUUCAGUUGAGAGGAGCUGUUCCUUUUGAUAUGAAUAGAUCCAUGAUAGCCUUUUUUCAAAAGGGUUUAAAAGUGCUAAGAAUGUACUCAGGUCAUUCAAGACCUUGGUUAUAACUGUAUGUUAUCAGGAAUCAUGACCCUCCGACAAUAACUUCCUUAUGGUUGCCAAGUAUCAAUGUUACUUCUGAACUUGAGUACCAUGAAAACAUUCUAAGUUAGAAAAGAUCUGAUGAGCAGUAUGUCAAAGCUAACUGCUUUGAAACUUUUUCUUAUACUGCUGUGCACUUAGUUAUUGAUACUCCAAAUCUUCAAGCUGAAAAUUUCAGUCAGUGAUGAAAAAAUAUUAAAAUUUCAUCAUCAUUUGCUUAAUCAUUUGUUAAUCAGUCAUAAAAAAAUUGUAGAUUUUUAAUAAUUUUUACUUUUACAUAAUAAUUAUGAAGUUUUUGGUUGUCAAGGGUAAAUGAAGCCAUACUUGGUCCCCUACUGGAGGUCAGCCUAAGAAUUUAUCCUUCAUUAUCAUAUUUACAUAUGAGAGCUAAGAGAGUGUACCCUACAGAUUGACUUCUACUCAAUAUGUCACUGAAUUACUGAGUCACCUGUUGGCAAACCUAUGUGAAUGUUUAUGUGCUCCUUGUUUUGUGUUACACUUUUAAGAGGCACAUCAAAUCUAGUGAAGAACUCCCUACUCCCAUCCAUUCAUCCUUUCCAUUCUGUCUUUAAAAUAUGUACUUACAUGUGGAGGAUAGUAUAUUCUUACUGCUCUUAUGUUUAUGGCCUAUGGUUCAUCUCAGAUAGGUUUAGAUUUAUGAGGGAUUUUUUUUUCAUUAGUCAAUUUGGCUUGAAUCUCUGAAGUAGGAUGAAUUUGAAGUAGACACUACAAGACAAACAGAAAAAUAUAAAAUUUUUAUUUCCUUAGCAUGUCCAUCAACAGAUAACUAAGAAAAAUGCAAAACAAACUGCUCUGAAGAAUCAAGAAACCCUUUUUAUAAGUCAACAAUAACAAGAUUUUACAUAUGCUACCUCUUUACAUACAAUAACAAUAAAUUAGUGUUUUAGGCAGUCUGAAUACUUGGUAAAAACUGUGCCCUGUAGAAAAAUAAGUUCAUCAGGUAUAAUGUUCUAUAUACACCUCUUCCACUACUUACAAAAGUACAAGGCUGUAAUUAAAAUUCAGUACGUAGUUGGUAGUUAAAACACACCAAACCAGUUUCUUGAAAUGCAGUGUAGAUCUACUGAAAUGUUGUGAAGAAAUUAGACAUUUGGAGUUUUAUGGUUAAGGUUCCUAGUCUUUUUAUAUAAUUCAAUCACUUGCAAAAAUCAAGAUCUAAAAUUGGUUCAUAACCCGACUAGAUUUACACACCUGUAAAAGUGGUCUUACAUUACGUGCGGUGGCAGCUUCUAUGAACUUCCACUUAACUGGUGAUAGUACUGUAGGUUAUUCCUCUUGGCAAUGAAGUCCUGAAAACACACUUAAUAAAGAUUACUGAGGUAGCUUUUAUUCUAAGACCAGCUCCACUUGCAACAUGUCAUCUCAUUAGUUGAGGUUAAAUUUACAUAAUGGUUACGCCAGGCUGAGUAUUUUCCAGACUAUAAUAAACAUUUUGUUAUUCAUACACAAACUGUCUUGUUUCAUAUAGGUGUUUUUCAAUAAUCACCAAAAAAUAGAACUUGGUGUUAAGUGUAACUGCUGCUACAGUUUCAUAGUAAAGAGUAGGAAAUUAGUAGAGGAUGUCCAUAUUUCAUUUAGUUUCUAUUUCAUCCAAAGAUGGAUAGGUUAUCGCAUAAAUCUAUCAGUCUGUGGUAAUAUCUGGCAUUGAUAUGGACCAUUGCUGCUAGGUAUGGCAUUCAUGAAGCUAAUCAUGUGUGUCUUAUUUGGUGGGCUUUGGUCCAUACAACAAGAGAAAGAACUAGUUCUGCACUCAAAAAAAAUUUAAACUAAUACUAGAUUUAUGUUCCCCAUCCUCUUCUCUGCCUUCUUGUUUUUUGUAAGGUAGUACCGUAGCCCUUAUGUUGAGAGAGAAUGGUUUGCUUCAUAUCUUAUUACGAUGUGAAUAGAGUGAGUAAUAUUUAAAAGUAACUGUGUGAAAGAAUGAUAGAUGCUCCUCGGAGAACUUUCAUAGAGCUCUUUGCAGCUUCAGUACAAAUACAGUUCAUGUUGUAGUAGUAUUUUGGUGCUGAUCCAACAAAUAUUCAAUAGAUUUUAUGAAAUCAUUGGCAAAUAGGGAAGUCUUCCUUACAGGAUAUUCUGCCAAAUGAUGAUGAUAAUAGUUUCCAAUUGCAUUUGAGCAUUGCUUUGUGUAAUACAAUGUAUCACUUAAAACACUGUAUUUGAAGUGACUUGAACAUGAAUAUGUCAUUGUCAUUUCUACCUUUGAAUAUACUUAAAUACCAAGGUUUAUCACUAUUGUCAUUACUACUAAUAACAGAAAAGACAUCUUUUUAUCUUGACAUAUAAUUACAAAACAAGCAAACAAUUUGUCAACUCCAGUUCACAAUUUACAUAGAUGUAGGGAAAGAUUCAAACUUCUCCGAGAGGUAUAGCUGUGAAAAUCCUCAAUAACUUAUUGUGAUUGCGCUAUCCUGAGAAAAUGUCAUAUACAUUGGAAAUGUAUGACUGAAUAAGAGCAUGCCAGCAAGGGCUUCGAGGUACCUUAAGUUGUAAAUAUAUAUAUAUAUUUUUUUUCUAGGCUUCAGUUAUGAAGGAAUUAACAAAGAAAAUGGAUUAAAUGUAAUGGUAGAUGUGGAGACCAACAGUAACCCUACAAAAAUUGAAUUUCAACUCAAUCAGUCAUACAGAUACUAAACUCAGAGGAACAAUGUUAAUAAGUGUUUUUUUUAAUCGAGUUUAAGGAAAAUUGUAGAGUUGUGAUAACUAGAAAAUGGCCUUCAUUUUCACGUAAGGGAUAUUGGAUAUAAGAAUGGUUUUUGGAAGCAAGGUGGAGUGGUGCGUCUCAAUGGAACACUGGUCUCUUACUGCCCCCUUUCCAUGUAAAUGGAGGUUCAUUUUCAGUACCCACAACUGCAUGGGUUGGAAGGGUAGGCUAAAGUUCUUUCCUAUAUAUUGCUGCUUCAUCAUUACUUUCUUCUGUAAAGAGAAAUGCAGUCUCUCGAAUGACCAUUAGCCUACUCGUAAGACGACCUACUGAACUGUGUUGGCUUAAGGCCAUGAGAUGUACAUUUCAUGACGUGAUGUAACUAGUUAUUCUCUUCAAUGUGAACAGCAGGAUUUAAAGGAUAUUUUCUAUAUUAAGGUUUCUAAAGUCAGUUCAGUGAAGAACCCUUCAUUAAUAUUGGGAAGAGCAUUACUAGUUGCAUUUCAAAAAUGGAGGAUGUUGUCCAGUUCUCCAUCAGACUUUAUCGUAUCAUUUUGUCAUCAUCAACUGCAGGGUAUAAGAAGAUCCAGACUAAUUUCUCUUGAUACAUAAGUUAUUAUUAUUAUUAACUUUCCUAUGAUUGCCAAAGUCUAAGCUACCUUAUGAAGUAUCUGUGUACCUGUUCAAUUAUGUGCUUUUGAUGAAUGAAUUAGUGAAGUCAAACAGAAAUGAUGAUGGUUAUACUGGACAGCAUUUCUAGGGUUAUACUUAUAGAGAGAAGAUCAGCAACAUUUGUCAGUUAUCCAAGCCCCUCCCCUCACAUCUACAAUUCAUGGUUUGAGUGUGGAGGCUGAUAGGAUUUUAAAUCUGGCACCUUUUCCUGGCAGUCUGUCUAAAAGUGUGACCCUUAAUUACUGUGACCAGGGAGGACAUAUUUUGAUAAUGCUUUAAUUUUCAUGUCAAGGUUAUGAAUGAUCUAUGCAGCAAACGUGUGCUUUAGAGCCUGCUCAGGAAAGUGUGUGUAGCCAAAGAUGCAUAGAGUGGCACAAUUUUGUCUUAAUUUAUUUUUAUAGAAUUGUUUAUUUUCUAAGAUCCAUGCAAAUAACCUUAACUGUUUAGAAAUAUGGCUUUGAGUAUCAGACUUCCCUUGCACUCACAAAGCUUACAUUCACUAUGCUGUAAUUUUUCUCUCAUUUAAAGUACUUAGCUGUAGUAGAUUAAACAAAAGCUUCAAACUGGGAAUAAAUAAACCAUUAUAGUAUGUUGGAAUUUUGAAAGGUACGGUACUCAUGUACUGGAUAUUCUGGUGCUUAUAAUAUAAUGUCCUGGUAAAACUUUUUAACAGCAGGUACUGUACUGAAUGGAAUUCAGUGUAGCAAAGUCAUCAAUAAGAAUAUAGUUCAUUACAUCAAAAAAGAAACUUGCAACUUGACUCUGAGGGAGCUAUAACUCACUUAACUGUGAGUCAGCUUGGUUACUGUUGUAGCAUUAUUUUUUCUUUACCUGAGCUGUAAAGGCUUCCUCACAUUUAAAGUACUCAAGUUUCAUCAAAGUGCAGCAUAUUAGUCACAGUUUCUGUGGUUUUUCUUUAUCACUUUAUUAUUAUUAUUAUUACUCUCUUGGAACAAAAUCACAUCAAAUUACUUAAUAAUUUUCAGUUUCUUUGAUACUAUUUGUAUUAUACAUGACAUCUACUGAUAUUAUCAACAUGACAACUUUAUUGAUACUCCAUGGAAACCUUAUUGAAAUACAUAGUAGCAAAUGAUAGCUUUAUAUUACUAAGAUUUUUGGAAAUAACCAAAUCCCCAUCAUUAGCAGUUAAAAUUAACCAGUAUCUGACUUUGGCCUGACUUCAUAAAUCAGAAAAAGAAAAUUACUAAGAAAAACAACAUUAACCAAGAUUUUUGGUUGGGUCCAAAACUUGUCUUUGGUGAAAAAUAUACUGCUUUGGCUCGUUCGUGUCUUAUGAGAGUUUUCUUUUAUUGCUGGCUGUACAUUUUUUUUUACAUGAUAGAAUACUGGUUUUAAUCUCAUUUUAAAGCAAAUUGAUUAUAAUCUUUAGGGUACUAUCUUUGAAAUGGAAAGCAAAACAUUUUGAUCAGAAAGAUGCAUUGAAGUUAGCCGUGAACAAAUUUAUUUGGUCUAUGUAGACAUUCUUUUAAAAACAUUAAUAUUCUUUAACUAAUUAUUUUUGCACCAUGAAAAUACAUGAUAAAUUUUGAUUCCAUUGAGAUUUAUAUGUAUAUACUAUUGCUAUUUUUACUGCAUAAAAAAAUGUAUGGGAAAAUAGGCAAAAUUUGUUAUGAUUUUCUACUUUAGAUUAUUCUUCUUGAACAGCAUCUAUUUGUAUGGCAGAUAGUUAAACCACUCCCCCAAUAGAUUUCAAUCCAAUGUUACCUGAUGUCAAAACAUUAACGGUGUUUAUUUAUUAGUUCCUACAGAUAGCAUCAUUUGAUGUCAUCAGGAUCUUGAGACAUUUGCAUGAUAUCACAGUCUCAAAUAAUUAAGAUAAUCAGAAUUUAUCAGCAUAAUUUCCUUUAAAUUUUUACAAAUGUUCAUAUUUUUGGGACUCUUUCAAGGAAGAUAUUUUGAUGAAUCAGUAUUUUUAAAAUUGGUUACAUCAAUGCACUGUGGUGUUUAUCAUAACUGAUAUCCCAGUUUAUAAUUACAGUAUAUCUACAAGGGACUUUUUAUUCCUGUCCAGUAUUUUUAUUUAUUUCCAGAUAAAAAUGUAUACUAUUCAUGUGGAAGACUUAAAAAAUACAAUAAAGGUAUAACUUGAUUUCCCUUGUACUAUCUUAGAAUAGAUUAUUGCCUUGAUAUACUUGGUAAUUACAGUAAAAUCACAGCACAUAAUCAGGGAUAUUUCUUAAUAUCAAAGAACUUAGUCAUUUAGGAGCCUGAUACUCUAGACAUAUUCUAAACAGCUUUGUGGUGAUAUAGUGUAGUUUUAUUUAUUUAUAUUUAUUUUUACAUGUGUUAUUCACAUGCUUAGUGUAGUUUUGAGUGAUUUACAUCACUAACAUCUGAUACUUUUGCAGUUCAGAGCAUACUGGUAUGAAUGUUAGCUGAAAUGUUGCUAAAAUAAAAAUUAUUGUUACAGAGCUUCACCAUCAUAUAAAAGCUCAAACUCAAUUAACAGUUAUUUUAAAAUACUAUUUAGCUUUAAAUAUUUAAAAAAAAAAUAAAAGUACUGCACAUAUUGAUUAUGUUAAUAUGUAACCAAGCAGUUUUACAUCAUUUAAAAUACCUAAGCUUGACCAAUAUGUAUAGUUUCAACACAGUGAAUUUGAUAACUCUCCAAGGAGGUUUUAGUAAAAGUUCUUUAAUUAUUUUGUAAUAUGCCUGAACAAGUAUUUGUAAGUUUUAAUUAUGAAUUGGUUUCCAGAUCUAAGUUAACUCAGCAACAAGUGUGUAUGCAAAUGUAAGGCAGUAAUAUGUUCCUCCCUGGUCAUAUCCAUUGUGAUAGGUUUAGAACGGGAACUGAGUACCUGGAGAAUUUAUCUAAGGUUUAUAUAAAAAAUUCUUAUCCAAAAAUUACUCAAAAAAAUUAACAGCGAGGUGCAGACUCUGAUCUGGCCCGAAUAACCAGCAGUCACUGCCACGUUGUAGAAAAUUCGGCCUGUCGUCUCCACAGUGGGAAAUGGGCUUGAAGUCUUGAGACAAGUACUGCGAAGUAAAAAUUAAAGUUAAAGAGUAAGAAUUAAAUAUAUAUGUUUUUGUCUGUGCAUAAACCAUGAUGUUAUAUGUUUGAUAAGGAAUUUUUGUUGUCUGUCACGCUGUUAUUAGCUGUUUUAUGUGUAAAUGAUGAUGUACAGUUUACUGUUCAAGAGAAGAUGGGUAGGAUUCAUGCUUUCUUGAACAGCAGUUUUUCUAUUUCUCCAGAUCCUCCACUAGCUCAUAGAUUCUUUAUGUUGAUGUUGCUACAGAACACAACAACAACCAGACUUGACAACACCACGAAUGAUUGAUUUAUGCUAGCCAUAUCCCUCUGCCUUGUGGUAACUACAGUCAGCAGUUGCUAUAAGCCCUAUACAGUAUAUGUAUAUAUAUAUAGUUUCACUGAAGAUCAUUAUAAGAAAAAUUCUAAAGCAUCAGAAUUUUGCUAGCUCUACAAAUGGCUAUCCCCCUGCUUAAAUGUGUGUAUGACUGGUGGAAUAUUUGUAUUGGUUUGCUGUUUAUAUUGAAUCAUUUUUUAAUAAAUAUGGUGAAAUCGUAUAA